GAUAGGCCCAUUAGGGUUUUAUGAUUCGGAUUUUGGCGGAAGUAUAAAAUGUUGCACAGAAAUUGUCAGAGCCUCAAAGUUAGGGUUUGGAAUUCGCACUCUUCUUCCACAGCAAUCAGCUCACCCGAACCCCGUCUACUACAAUGCCGAAGCAGAUUCAUGAGAUAAAGGACUUCCUUCUGACAGCAAGAAGGAAGGAUGCACGUUCGGUGAAGAUCAAGAGGAGCAAGGAUGUAGUGAAGUUCAAGGUUAGGUGCUCAAAGUACCUGUACACUCUGUGUGUCUUUGAUCCUGAGAAGGCUGACAAAUUGAAGCAGUCUCUUCCACCAGGUUUGAGCGUGCAAGACCUGUGAGCGUCCAUUGGCAUCACGAGAGUGUAGAAUCUGAAAGAUAUUUGGUUGCAUUUUUCUGGGAAAUUCAGCUGAAAGACUGUCCUGAAUGGGGAAAUUUAUUGUAGUAAAACCAGUUUCAUAGCUUUGGUGAUUAAUGGCCUUUUGUUCUUCGGUUUAUCGUUUUGAAUGUUUGCUAUGUUGAAUAUAUACAAUUUUGCUCGAGUCUUUCAGGUUAAGAUACCACUUCAAUAGUUUGUCUCAGAAAUCACAUUGCUUGAGAUUUCAUUGUCA